CACGUUGCAAACAGUUAUUUAUCCAUGAAUUUGCUUUGAAAUCUAUGUCGAUUGUUGACCGUCGGAUCCAUGUGGUUGCUCUUUCCAUCAAAGUCGGUUGUCAUCAAAAUGACGUGCCGAAAUUAUAGGAACGUGCGCAGAAAUAUAACCAUGCGGUGGCAGCACAAGUGACCAUCGACUUUGGGCUGCUACGUAAGGAAACAGAGCAAACGAUGGAAGCGGCGGUGGCGGCCGCCUUCGACGCCCACUCCGAAGUCGCCGACGCCCUCACUGGCUUCCUCUCCGAGUCCUCCCACUUCCUCCUCGACGACUUCCUCCACGCUUCGGAGUCCUCCGCCGCUGGCAUCCACCCGUCCUUCUCUGCCCCCUCCUCCCUCUUCGCCCCGCUACCACUUCACGAACCCAGCGGCAGCGGCCUCCUCCAGCAUUGGCCGAAGCGCCACCGAAGUUGCGACGACCUGCGCCACCACCAACUCCCGACGCCGGCGAGGGAGGAGCGGACGGAGCUGUCGGCGCAGAGCCGGGCGGCACGGGCGAGGAGGAAGAGAAUCGCGGAGAAGACGCAGGAGUUGGGCCGGCUGAUCCCCGGCGGGAACAGGAUGACGACGGCGGAGAUGCUGCAGGCCGCCGGCGGCUACGUCAAGUUCAUGCAGGCCCAAGUCGGCCUUCUUGGGCUAUUAUUCACCGGCCCAAUUAAGAAUUGGGCUGCUCCACCGGAGACAGAGAGAAAGGCCCAAGCUCUGGUAUCAUCGCCACGUGUCCAAGAAAAAUUGGCUGCGGAAGGGCGGUGCGUGGUGGCGAAGGAGUUGGUGAUGGUCAUGGCCGAGGACAAGGAGAUCAAGUCCAACUUGACCAUAGCUCGCGAUCUUAAUCGGUUCAUCGAGUCGAUCAAUAUCGGACUACGUUAGGGUUUUUGUUUUUCCUUGAAAAAAGAAUUGUCAAUUUAAUUCUGAAAAUUAUAUUCCAUGUAUUUGUUUUUGUGUUAAUUUUAUUAAUAUUAAUGUU